AUGGCAGGAGUUUUCGAUCGUGAUCGUUGCCAAAUCUUAACUGAGGGUCUACAACAUCUGAACGUCCUCUGGACAUCUCCAAAAGGACUUACAGACGUUGCACAGACUCUUGCCUCUGUGGCGCUCUUCGGUCUCGGUCCUCCCCUAGUCUCUGCGCUGAUCCCUGCAUCUUUGCUUUGGGUCGCGGCGUCCAAUCUCAUUCGAGAAACCAGGUGUCCUUGCUCACUUUGUGAACUCCAACGACGACUGCUGAAAAUAAGCCGGAACAGAGAUGAGAUCGGAGUUGUGCAAGCGGCUAAAGAUAAAAAGCAAAUCUGUGUGUCACUUGUCCGAGGCGGUGCGCCGGGCCUUCUUCGACAGGUUUUCCGGACAGUCGCGGAAAUGAGACGGCGAACCAGUAGCGUCCGCGAACAUAAGACCGAGGAUCCUACCGGCACACAAGAUGAAUGUUACCUCGAUCAGGCACUUCAGUUUGCUUCGUGGACGCUCCUGCUAUGCUCUUGGCCAUACGAAGAGUUGCACCGCGGAGAAAGCAUUAUAGAAUAUGAUAAAUUCUCGCUGCUAGAUGCUGCCCUGGAAUGUUUUCCAGUCAACGAUCAGGGCUUUCUAGAGUCUGUUUCUUCCCUGAACCUUCCUGGCGCGAGCUCUCUACUUUCUGUCAUCCUACAUUUACUUCUGAGACUUCCACCCAAGACACGAGCACCAAUUGCGAAGAAGGUCAAUCUCGUUUUUCGGCCGAUGCUUCAGCAUUUAUCCCGAAGUAUCGCUGAAAGAGACCCAUAUCCCGUUUCGGCGAAGUUCUUUGCCGAGUCUGCGGAGACCGAGUCUAAUGCGCCUAACCAAGAGAGUGAAGGUACCUCAGCGGAAUCUGCGGGAACAGAUGUGAAAGAGCAACAUAUCGCGGACACACAACCAACGGUCGAGUUUUUGCUGCUCACCCCGUUGUUCAUGGGACUGUUGCAGUCCUUAUUUGUUGAGGAAGUCAAUGAGCCGAUUCCUUGCAAAAGGGAAAGUCUUUCGGACCCUUCUGAGGAAGACGCUCAGAGCCCUAGCGCCUCAGCGACUGAUUCAAUAAUUGAAGCAGGAGUUCAGCAAACGCACGCGCUUGUUGGCUUAGGCAUCGCCGCUUGUCAAUCUCUCAUCGACAUGUACGAAUACUUGCGGCCACUACUGAACACUUGGGACGGUCUGGACUCGCAGCAUUGUUUCGCGCAACACAAGGAUGCCAAAGAACCGGUUACGCAGAAACCCUUUUUGCCGUCCAGGGAGUGUCUACCUCCCUCAACAACGGUUAGCCUAAUGCCAGGUUUCGAUUUCAGGGGAUUUUAUUACAGUCUGGUCAGUGCCAUGCUGACGUUGCUGGGAGGCAUGCGGUUGCGUUCGCUUCCAGAGAGAAGAUGGAGAUUCGCGGAAAACCCCGCAGCGAAGGCUGGUGGCUCAGCGGCGAUUGGGGGUCUCGCAUCAGCUGCACGGAAACUCCUAGAUUUUCAAAAGAAGGUGAGAUUAUCGAACGGGGGUGUAUCUGUCGGGAAGAGGUCUCACACGGGAAGGCAGACCUACCAUGUAGCUGGUAUUAUCGCUAAACCCAAAAGCAGCUGGACGAAGCACCAUCAAGCCUUCGUCGAACGUGAACUAUUUCCCAUAUUAGCGGUAUGUUGUCCAUGUUGUGGGAUGAACAGGAGUUGA